UUAUAUAUUUUAAUGUGACAGGCUCUGAAAGUUUUCAAAGCUAAAGUUUAAUUCUAUAUCAAAUGAAAGUAUAAAAAGGGGCCUAUGCUUUGUUCUUGUGCGCUUGCUUUGAAGAGGGGGAGGGGCGGCAAUGACUGCGCGUGAGUAGUUAAAGGACUGGCUUGCCAAGAAGCUGAUGCAAGACUACAAACGGUAAGAAAUGAACAUACAUCGGGAAAUCUAAACUAUUUGAACUUUAAAAUAAAUACCAAUAAUCUAUAAUUUUUUCUGGUCAUGCAAGCUUUACCUCUUAGCUAAUAUUUCAGCUAACCCACGCAUGACACAAGUCAAGCAGAACUAACCCCCCCCCACGAACAAUAUUUUCAGUGACAGUUAACUUUAAUGACGGUGUAUUACUUUUGUAAUUUAGAAUUUUAGUUUAUAAAAUUAAUACAUCUCUAGACGGAGUCAUACUGUUGAAUGACAUUAGCUAAUCUGGCCCGGGUUCUGGCAGCACGCGGGUCGGUCGGUGCCAGCUAAUGAAACUACCUCAUAUAUCGAUCGCAAGGGUGCUUCUUUGUUGGUCAGAACCUAAACAAAGACGUAGGCAGCAGGGUAAGACACGACAACUAGUUCUAACAUAAAGAGAAGAAUGUAAUGAGAAAUUGUUUUUCCGGUUUCGGAGUAGUAAUGUUUUUGAAGUGCUGGUGGAACGGUUUGGCACCAUUUUGGUAAUAUGUCAUAACUGAUAAUUACUACAAACAAAGUAACUGCCCAUUGAUUGCUGAUUGACAGUACUGCCACAACACAAUAUCUGGUUUCUGCUAUAUGUAAAUGCUAUGUACUUUUGGGAUCUUUGUAGUACGUAGUUGUGAAAAAUAUAAUUGUCAAUAACCAAUAACAACCUACCACAAACAUGUGCUUGGUUGUUUAAAUUUACAGCUAGUUGUGAAUUUCAAUGUGAACACUACAAUUUAUCUAAACACCUUCUCUUAAGUUUUACAUUUUAAGUAAAUCAUUAUAUAGAACAUCUUUCAUUUUGACUAAUUGUGGAACAUACAAAAUAAAGUCAAUGUAUAUCUGAAGAUAAUUUCUAUUUCUGUUUAUUAUUUACAUAUAGUAAAAGAGUGAAGCAAUUGCAGUUUAUUUUGACUUAAAAGACUUCAUGUUAAUUUUCCAUUUAACAGGGGUACUAAAUAAAGUUAAACUUGACCACAUUUAACAAUGACUUUAUUUUUUCUAUUGUCAUAUCAAAUUUGAUAUGAAGAAGUGUAUUCUACAAUUCAUGAAUGAAUAUUUUGAAUAAAAUAUGAAGUACUAAAGUUAAGACUAGGUCCUCUGUAGGUUUAUGUUAUUGAAAGCAAACACCCACGAAAUUAAUAGGUUACAAACAAACAAUUAAAUGGAAUUUCUGCUGUGCCCCAAUUUCAACACCUUAGAUAGAAACAGCAUGUCAUUAAGUUUAUUUGUUUAUAUGUUUUUUAUGCUGGAAAAUAAUGCAAAUCCAGUGGUUCGACUCCAGAACACAAAUGUCAAGAUGCCACGAGGAUCUACAACAAAACUUUGUGUCAGCUGCAAAGCUGUGAUUGGUGUGGCAACUAAGACAUGUAAAGUAUGCCAAACAAUCCAGCCAAUGAGGCAAAGGCUUGCCAAAAAACUGGAGAAGUUUCAAUCCAAAAAGGAGACUUGGUUGCAAAAACACAAGAAAAACAAAACCACCACACAUGUUUUGGAUGAGGCAUCGGUUUUGGUGGAAAAGUUGAAUACUUUGGGACAAAAAGCCAUUGUGUUUAUUGCCAGACCUGGAAAGAAAACAUCUACGUGGCAUACACAUGUCAUUCACCCUAGGUGGCAAUUAACCGAUCAAGCUGGACAGUGUCUGGACCGCAUGAAAGACCUAUAUGAGCUAAUGAUCAAUGCAGGUGUUCCAGCAAAGAAAAAGAAAAAAAGAGAUAACAAGAAAGAUUCACCUGGAGAGUGCAGCCAUGGGGGAGAAGAUCAGUUUUACCCAGUGAAGCAGGUCUUGAAGACAAAAAAGCAGAAGGGGAAAUUAAUGGAGUUUGUUGAAUGGGAGCCAUGUUCCAUGUGUGGGAAAACAUGGUCUCCACAGUGGGUGGAAAAAAGGAACACCAAAAAAUAAACCCCAAAGGCACCUCUGUUGAUCAGAUUGACCUUUUAAAUUAUUAUUGUUGUUUGUGUUACUGCUUUCUAAUUGUUGUUAAUAAAAAUGUUCAAAUGAAAGGGUUUGAUCUACAUUUUUUAUUGCUCAACAUGCUCACAUGUAUGAUAUACCAUAGAGGUAGGACACAUUUGUUGUGAAAUUCUAAACAAAAGUUUACAAUAAAAAACAUACAAAAAAUUUGUCAUAUAACCAGAUAUCAGGUUUUUGUGUUGGAUUGUCACAGCUAUGGCAAUUGCAAAUGAUCAUACCUCAAGUUAUAAUGAUACAUACUUAAUAGUAAAUCAUUUUUGGUAUUUAGUAUAAUGAAAUAAGAGCAAAGAUGUAAUGCAUGGAGCUGUAUUGUGCAACCUAAAUAGAUGAAUGUAUAUUUGAGGUAAAAAAAAAAAAAAAA